AUGUCGGACCUCAAGGCUUCUGUCGUGGAGACAAAGAGUGGUUUCCACGUGGAGGGAUACGAGAAAAUUGAAUACGACUUUACGUUCUUGGAUGGUGUCUUUGAGACUCAGAACAAUCAGCUGGCUCACUUGUAUGAGCGAUGGGGUCGUUGCUUGGCCAUCAUGGACAAGAACAUCUAUGACAUCUAUGGCCAGAAGAUGCAAGACUACUUCAAGCAUCACAACAUCGAACUGAAGAUUCACCAGACCAUGAUUGGCGAGAAGGCCAAGUCCCUGGAGACAUUUACUCAGAUUGUGGACUCCAUGACCGACUUUGGAAUCAUCCGCAAGGAGCCCGUCCUGGUUGUCGGUGGCGGUUUGGUGACCGACGUAGCUGGAUUCGCCUGCGCCGCAUACCGACGGAACACCAACUACAUCCGCAUUCCCACAACCGUCAUUGGCCUGAUCGACGCCAGUGUCAGCAUCAAGGUUGCUGUCAACUACGGCAACUAUAAGAAUCGCCUCGGUGCCUACCACGCGCCAAUCCACACCUUCCUCGACUUUGGAUUCCUCCGCACUCUGCCGGAGGCUCAAGUGCGAAAUGGAUUCGCCGAGCUCAUCAAGAUCUCCAGCUGUGCGCACUUGCCCACAUUUGACUUGCUCGACAAGUAUUGUGAGCAGCUGAUCUCCACCAAGUUCGGACGCGCUGGUCAGAACGAGGAAGUGAGAAAGGCCGCCGAUGAAAUCAACAGGAACGGCAUCUUUGAGAUGCUGAAGCUGGAGACUCCCAACCUCCACGAGAUCGGUCUUGACCGAGUCAUUGCCUAUGGUCACACAUGGUCACCCCUGCACGAGCUCACGCCACCAACCCCUCUCCGUCAUGGCCACGCUAUCUCCAUCGACAUGGCCUACUCUGCCACUCUGGCCAAUAUUCGUGGCUUGCUGAGUGACGAGGAGCACCGCAGAAUCUUGAAGCUCUUCUCCCGUUGUGGGCUGUCCAUGGACCACGAGCUGUUCAAUGAGGAUAUCCUUGCCAAGGCCACGGCGGCUAUUCUCAAGACACGUGACGGCUUGCUCCGUGCGGCCGUGCCAAGCCCCCUGGGGAGCUGCAAAUUCCUGAAUGACGUUACUGACCAGGAGAUGGCGGCUGCUCUCCGUCGCCACAAGGCCCUCAUGGCGGAGUACCCUCGCAACGGUGCUGGUAUUGAGGCUUAUGUCGAUGCCAGUGACACCGGUUACACUGUCAACACUACCACGGAGGAGGCCGUGCCAGAGCCCGUGCAAGAGCCCGAGACCAAUGGCUCGAAGCCAAUCGAGAAUGCCGCUGGGGUCAACGACGGAGUGUUGAGGACGGGACUGACGAGCGAGCUCAAGGACCUCGCUCCUAAUGGCCACGCUAAUGGUCUGCCCACUGUUCAGGCUCAGACAUGA